GAACUCAAAAACGGACGCGGCGUUUAUGGUAUCCCGGCAUCCUUUGCGCGACCAACAGGAAGGACACACGAGAGGACGAGAAGCGGCGUAAGGUUACUUUUCUUUAGACUUGUGAUUUAGGACUGUAACAAUGGCUGACACCUUUGGCGAUAAGAUCAAAAACUACAAGACUGCUCCCUUUGAUGCCCGCUUCCCCAACACCAACCAGACCCGUAACUGUUUCCAGAACUACUUGGACUUCCACAGGUGCAAUAAAGCGCUAUCAGCCAAAGGCCAUGAUGUGGCUCCCUGUGAGUGGUACAAGAAAGUGUACCAAAGCAUCUGCCCUUUAAAUUGGGUUGAGUCCUGGGAUGAGCAGCGAGAAAGUGGAACUUUUCCAGGGAAACUCUAAAGUCUAAAACUUGAUUGGGAUAGUCUACUACAGGACCAGCUGCUAGUUAGAUCUGUAGUGACGUGUCAACAGUUGCAAUACCACAUCAUGGUUGCUUAUGUUAUAAAUUAGAAAUGUGCUCAAGCUUGUUUUUGUUUUGUUUUGUUUGUUUGUUUGUUUGUUUUACCUCUUGUUGAGGUGUCAGUUUUUGAUUUUUGACUCACUGUAACCUACUCGCUUCCUAUGAUACUCGUAGAAUCUGUAGCACAUCUCAAGUCAGAGUUGGUGAAAAAUCUUCAUU